AAGAGACUGAGGAUUUUCUUAACAUUACAUUUCUCUUAUAUUAAUCCCACUCUCAAUAUCUCUUCUCCAAACCAAAGCCUGCAGCCUAAGUUGGCUUUCUUUCCCUUAGCAGAGGAGAGAACUAUCCAUCUUUUGAGCACAUAUGGCAGGUCCUCCACAGCCGCCACCGUCGGGCCGCUCGAGGGUAUUGCGGUGUGUCGCCCUGGUGCUUCUGGCAUUGAUCGUACUCGUAGGCCUUGCUGUACUCAUCAUUUGGCUAACGGUUAGGCCGAAGCGUCUAAGCUACACAGUUGAAAGCGCCUCGGUUCAGAACUUCGACCUGAGCAACACUCAACUCAAUGCCUCCUUUAACUUUAGGGUUAGAGCAUACAAUCCCAACUCUAGAGUCUCGGUUUACUACGAUAAAAUCUUGGUCACGGUCGGGUUUGGCGAUCAAGACUUGGCCUACGGCACCAUCAAUCCUUUCUACCAACCUCACAAAGGCGUCACGCGCUUGGACAUCAACCCCGCCGCUCAAAACGUUCCAUUGUACAACUCCGUAUCCAAGGAUCUAGGGCUCGAGAAGGCGGCCGGAGAGAUGGAUUUGGAUCUGUGGAUCAAGGCCAAAAUCAGGUUCAAGGUCGGGAUAUGGAAGUCCGGCCACCAGACGCUCCGAAUUCAUUGUUCGCCGGUCAUUAUUUACCUCUCUAAAAGUAAGCCUUUCAACGAGACUACUUGCUUUGCAGAAGUCUAAAGGGUGGACAAAUAAAUUUGUGUUUCUGGAAUUGUAUCAAUAUGCCUGGUGGUGUUGUUGGUUAGUUUAAUUUUUUCUUUUCAAGUGUAUGAGUUUGUGAGCUGCUUGGAUUGGUUUAAUUUGUAUUCAUGUAUAUGGUUUUUUUUGCAUUAAGAAUAAUUGUCAUCAAAUCUAUUCUUUAACAAAUUUUCAAUUUGGUUUGAUAUA